CAGAGAGAAACAAAACAAAUACAAAACCAAGCCAAUCAGGCGAACAAGUUUAUUUCAAUUUUUAUUUUUAUUUUUUCAAUUUCCCACCUAACAAUUGCAAUUCCAAUUUAUAGGUGGAAUUGAGUUGAUCCUUUUGAUUCAUUUCUUUCAUUUUCCUCUGCAUCCCCUUUUAACGGGAGAGGGAUCAGAGGAUCAUACAUAGAUAAAAUAUAGUUACACCCCAUUUUCUUGAAUAUAUAUGUGUACAUAGUUGCAUUAACUUGAAAAAAGCAAUUGGGUAUUGGUUUUUAUCUUCUUUUGGUGAAUUUGGAGAUGGAAAUACUAACAAGUGAAGAAAAAGAAAGAAUGGAAGGGUGGUUAUAUCUAGUACGUUCAAAUCGGAUUGGGUUGCAGUACUCAAGAAAACGUUACUUUGUUCUUGAAAAUCAUCUUCUUCAGAGCUUUAAGUCUCUUCCUUCUUCUAAGCAUGAGGAUCCUGUUCGAAGUGCAAUCAUAGAUUCCUGCAUUCGGGUCACUGACAAUGGGAGAGAGAGUAUUCACAGAAAAGUUUUCUUCAUUUUUACACUCUACAAUACUUCUAAUCACAAUGAUCAACUUAAGCUGGGAGCAAGCAGUCCUGAAGAAGCAGCAAGAUGGAUUCAUUCUAUUCAAGAGGCAGCUUUAAAGGGUGAUCAGAAUACCGUUGGCUGUUCAAAGAGCAGUUGGCAGUCCUUUAAGUUGAUUGGCUCCAGUCGUGUAAGCCACAGCAAACCCAUAGACUGGACUCUUUGCUCAUUGACACACAGUGAUCCAGUGACUGAUGUUAUCGCACCUUCACCUUGGACAAUCUUUGGGUGUCAGAAUGGUUUACGUCUCUUUAAAGAAGCAAAAGAUCGGGAUUCUCAUGUUAAGUGGGAUGAUCAUCCUGCAAUAAUGGCCGUGGGUGUGGUUGAUGGAACUUCAGAAGCCAUUUUUCAAACUCUUAUGUCUCUUGGUCCUUCAAGAUCAGAAUGGGACUUCUGUUUCUACAAGGGUAGUGUGGUUGAGCACCUUGAUGGUCAUACCGAUAUUAUUCACAAGAUGUUAUAUAAUGAUUGGUUGCCUUGGGGAAUGAAAAGAAGAGAUCUUUUGUUGAGACGUUACUGGAGAAGGGAAGAUGAUGGAACGUAUGUUAUUCUCUACCAUUCUGUGUUUCACAAGAAGUGUCCUCCCCAGAAAGGCUAUGUUCGUGCUUGCCUUAAAAGUGGAGGAUAUGUCAUCUCUCCUGUAAAUCAAGGGAAACGAUCUGUAGUAAAGCACAUGCUUGCUAUUGACUGGAAAUUCUGGAAAUCAUAUCUACGAACUUCAUCAGCUCGAUCUAUUACCAUCCGAAUGCUUGGCAGAGUUGCGGCAUUACGAGAGUUGUUCAGAGCAAAACUGGGAACUUGUCCUUCCUCUGAAUUUUCAUCAGGAGAGUUGACAAGAAAUAUUAAGUUGCAUCAGAGUGAAGAGGAUAGGAAGGUUGGUGAUGGGAAAACUAAAGAAUAUUUAAGCGAGGAAGUAGAUAAAGCACCUUCAGAACAUGCCAGCCUUGGAGGCCUGAAUGAUGCUGCUGAUGAGUUUUUUGAUGUUCCAGAACCCUCGGAUCAUGAACAAUCUGAUAGCGGCUGGAGCUAUGACUUCGGCCCUGAAACAUACUCUCAGGAUAUGAGGCAACCCAAGUUAUGUACUGCUGCUGGUUUUGUGAAGAAAUUGCAUGAUCUUGCGGUUCAAAAGAGGGGUUAUGUUGACUUGCAAGAGAUGGCAAGGGAAGACAGUAUUUCGUGCUGCUAUGGAACUACUCUUCCAAAAGACCCAACUUGCAGUAUGCUUUCUAGUUGGACAGCAGCUGAUCCUUCUACCUUUUUAAUCCGUGGAGAGAAUUAUCUUGAAGACCAGAAGAAGUUUAAGGCAAAAGGAACAUUGAUGCAAAUGGUUGCAGCGGACUGGCUUAGAUCUAACAAGAGAGAAGAUGAUCUUGCUGGCCGUCCAGGUAGCAUUGUUCAGAAAUAUGCUGCACAGGGUGGGCCAGAGUUCUUUUUCAUUAUAAACAUACAAGUCCCAGGCUCAACUACAUAUAGCCUUGCUCUAUACUAUAUGAUGACUACGCCUCUGGAAGAUGCACCCUUGUUAGAGAGAUUUGUCAAGGGGGAUGAUGCAUUUAGAAAUUCAAGGUUUAAGCUCAUACCUUACAUAUCUAAGGGUUCAUGGAUAGUUAAGCAAAGUGUGGGAAAGAAAGCAUGCCUGAUUGGCCAAGCACUGGAAAUUAAUUAUUUCCGUGGGGAGAACUACCUUGAGCUUGGAGUUGAUAUUGGGUCAUCAACCGUUGCAAGGGGCGUGGUCAGUCUCGUGCUUGGUUACCUCAGCAAUUUGGUUAUUGAAAUGGCAUUUUUGAUUCAGGCAAACACGCCAGAGGAGCUGCCAGAGUAUCUUCUCGGAACCUGCAGGCUUAACCAUCUGGAUGCCUCCAAAGCAGUUUUACUGGAUUCAUGAUUAUAUCUGUAUCAUGUUUACUUCCUCUACAAAAAAAGGGGGCUCAAGAAGCAUUUGCCUUGGGGGGGAAAUUAACUUCAAAAUAUCAUUCUUUUAUUCAAUGAGAUUGAUAUUGGCUUCAAUCUGUUAUGCUGUAAAUAUAAUUGGAUUGGAGGUUUACAGCCAAUCUUUGUAAAAAGAUCUGCUUUUUUAAGUUAGAGCUCAUUCUUCA